UAGCAUUGCAGAAACACAGACACACGAGAGCCAAGAGUAUGGCAGCUACAGCCCAGGCGCAAGGCCCGCCCCAGACCGCCCCAGCGGGCGACAUCCCCCAGAUCAACGUCACCAGGCCCAACAGGGCUCUGCAAGACGCCAGCGGCGUUGCUCCGAACGGCGCUGGUCCGACGCUGGACCCACGGACAGCAAAGCAGCAGCAGCAGCAGCGGGUGCCGCCAUCACCUCGGCAGCCCGUCGCCAAUGGCAGUGCCAAUGGCACCGGCAAAGCCUCGAAAAUAGCAAAGCCCACCGACGACGUCUUGGGCGUUCCUCCGACAGAGGACGGUGGCAAGCUAAAGAGAACGACCUCCUCGUACUCCGUCAACAACGAAUUUAUCAAGCCAAAGGAGUUCACCUACAAGUUUCCAUGGAAAAAGAUCGGCUCGUACGUCGACUCGGAAAAGGAGCUCACUAAGGAGGAGCUGGAGGACUUGUUGCUGGACAGCUCCGCCAACAAGCUCACAACGUACAUCUACGAGAAGUACUACGCCGAUUUCUACUGGAACUGCUCGAUGAUUGUGGGUGCGUGUUUCGCCUCGUGGUGCUUCACCUACCUUGGCUUCGGGCUGUUUUCGCUCGUCUUUGUCCUCAUCUGCACCUUCGCCGUGUACAGAGCCGAGCUAAGGAGAUUCAACAUCAACAUCAGAGACGACAUGCAAAGAAUCCAGUCCACAGAAAAUUUGGAAAAGAAGUUGGAGUCGAUGGAGUGGUUGAACAACUUCUUGGUCAAGUUUUGGGUCAUCUACAUGCCUGCCUUGGCCGACUUGGUCAUCUCCAACACGAACCAGGUUCUCUCCCAGGUUGAUCCACCUCCUCCAAUCAUCAAGUUGUCUCUCGACGAGUUCACCUUGGGUACGAAAGCUCCGAAAAUCGAUGCGAUCCGCUCCUUCACCAAGCUCGGCAAGGAUCUCUAUCAGAUGGAUUGGAGCUUGAACUUCACUCCAAAUGAUAUCGACGAUAUGACCCAGGAGGAAUUGAAAAACAAGAUUGACCCCAAAAUUGCCCUAGGUAUCACAAUCGGGAAAGGUAUCGUGCAUGCCUCAUUGCCCAUUUUAGUUGAAAACAUGUCUUUCCUCGGUAACCUGAGAAUUAGGAUCAAAUUAGGAGAUACUUUUCCACAUAUCGAUAUUGUGUCCAUUUGCUUUCUUGAACCUCCAAAGAUCGACUACAGCUUGAAACCAGUUGGUGGUAACACUUUGGGUAUCGACGUUAUGUCCGUCAUCCCAGGCUUAUCUUCCUUCGUCAAUGGCUUGAUCAACUCUAAUUUGGCCCCACUGAUGUAUUACCCAAAUACAAUUGAUAUCAAACCUACCGAAUUACUUCAGCCUCCUUCAGCAAUUGGUUGCUUAAUGAUCAAGGUCAGAGCUGCAGAGUUCUCUUCAUCAAAGACCAUCAACCCAUACAUUAAGUACGGUCCAGACGGAGAUCUUUCUAAACAACACCAAACCGAUAUAAAGUCCAACACAAUUGUGCCAAUUUUCAACGAAUCAACUCAUAUCUUGAUUGAUAACUUAUAUGCCAAGCUCAAGUUUGAACUGUUUGACUUGAACAAAAAUGGCAACAGUAAAUUAUUAGGUGAAGCCGGUUUUGAGCUUCAAGAUUUGUUACAAGAUCAGGUUCUCGAAUUAAACGAAACAAAGUUCACCAAGAAGAACAAAAAUGUCGGAAAAAUCGUGUAUGACUUGAAGUGGUAUCCCGUUCUACAGGGUGAAAUUUUACCAGAUGGUACAAAAUCAAACCCACCAGACUCAGAUACCGGUAUCAUUGAACUUACCAUCAUGUCUGCAAGUGACAUGGAUACCUCCAAGUCCCUGGUUGGUAAAUUAUCUACCUAUGUUGAAGUUUACAUCGAUAGUAAACUAAUUCAAACCUCCAGAGUUGUUAAAGGUACCAAUUUCCCUGAAUACAACUUUCAAGUUGAGGACUUGAUUUACAGCAAGACUGCUUCGAUUCUGAAGCUUGUCGUCAAGGAUAUAUCCUCUUACACUGAAAGUAUAAUUGCCGAAUAUGAAAGUAAAAUAUUGGAUUUGACAUUGAUUGAUAACUCUGGGGCAGAUGCAGGGAAGAACAGAGUCUCUAGGGAUUUCACAAAGGGGAAAGGUUCUUUGAAGUUUGCCAGUGUUUGGAAGCCUUUAGGUUCCAUUUCUGGUGAAACUGACGAUGAUACAACCUUUGUUCCUCCUAUUGGUACUUUCAGAGUUGACGUCAAAUCCUGUACAAAGCUUGCAAACGUGGAAACGUUGGGUACUAUUGAUCCAUACAUCGAAAUCCUUUCAAGUGGUAAGACAAAAGGCCGUACAUCUACUAUCAAGAACUCUCUUAAUCCAGCUUAUGAUGAGGAGUUCUUCGUUCCUAUCCUUUCUAAAAACCAGAAGCUCAGAUUUAACUGUAUGGACGAAGAAAACAAGGGCAAGGCUGAUAGAUUGAUUGGUGAUUUGAUUCUUGACAUCUCUGGCUUUUUCAAUGAUCCAUCAAAGCAAAAUAAAACUGUUAGUCUGAGCAGUAAACUAACCAGGAAUGGUAAAGAUGUUGGUACCGUAAACUAUGCUUUAACCUAUUAUCCGCUGCUUCCUGUUUUUUCACACCAAGAAAUUGUCCAAAUCAAGCAGAAAAAGGCAGAAGCUGCUGAAAAGGCAGAAGAUUUGGAUGAAUUGGAAGAGCAAGCAAAAUACUUGGAAGAUUACAAGAAACAUCCAGAUGAUUAUGAAUGGGUUGAUAUUGAUGAAGAAGCCAACGAACUUAUCCAAUUUGAGACCAACAAAGAUAAGGUCAUUCUUUCAUUACCAGAGAUUUUACAAAACAACUCUGGUGUUUUGGGUAUCAACCUGAUUUCCGGCACUUUGAAAACAAAAAUUGCUUAUGUUCAAGCAACCAUUGAUGAUCAUUCUUUCCCAGAUUUCAUAUCGAGAAAAUCAAAAAAUGGUAAAUUGGGCUCUACAAGUGGUGAAUGCUUUAUUCGUGAUUUGAGACAUUCUAUCCUGAAUUUCAGAAUUGUAAAAAAUGAGAUACCAGUCUACAAAACAGAUGUUCUUUAUGAAACUGUAGAUCCUUUUAAUGUCAUUGAUCUACUCACCAAAGGUUUUGAGGAACCUAUAAAAAUUGAUUUAGAUGGAAACAAGUUAGAGUUUUUAUUCGAGUUUGUUCCAUCUGUUGACAGAUCUUUUGAAACUGUUGAAGACACAGGUUUGUUGGAGGUAAAUGUUAUCAGCGGUAGCAACUUAUUAGCAGCAGACAGAAGUGGUAAAUCAGAUCCAUAUGUUGAAGGUCAUUUGCAAGACAAACAAGUUUUCAAAACUAAGAUUGUCAAGAAAACUCACAAUCCUAAUUUUGGCGAGAAUUUUACUAUUCCCGUGAAAUCAAGACGCAGACAGUUGUUGACUUUCAAGGUUUUCGACUGGGAUAUGGCUGGUGAAAAUGAUCCUUUAGGUAACGUUUCAGUUGACUUGAAGAAUUUACCAAUUGAGCAAGAAAUUGUUCAAGACUUUAAGCUCGAUACACAAGGUUCUAUUAAGAUUGGAUUACAUUUCAAACCAGGUUAUAUCAAAUCUUCUAACGGUACGCUACUGACCUAUGGGGCAGGUUUAUCACCGUUCAAUACAGGUCUGAAUCUAGCAACUGGAGCAGUCGGUAAAGCUGGCGGACUGGCGACUGGAGCAGCAGGUAGAGCUGGCGGACUGGCGACUGGCGCAGUUGGUGUCGUUGGUGGUACUGCUGGUACAGUCGGUGGAAUUGCAAGUGGAUUUACAGGCGGAUUUUCAAAAUUGAUGAAACCAUUUGAAGAAACAUCGGGAACCAAUAAGGAAGAAAACCUCGGAAGUGCUGGGGCAAAUUCAAAGCAGACUCAUCAUUCUUCUCACCUAAAACUGAAGCCAUCUUUUCUUGGUGGUAGAUCCAAGCGCUCUGAGAGCGACGCUGAAAGUUUAGCCAAUGAUUCCUUUUCAAGGCCAUCUGAUGUUUCGGCUGGAAACAGAGCUAGACGCGUUCCAUCAUCUACGAUGCUGAAUGACAACGGGAAUGCGAACACUAAUUUCAAUUCCCCUCCUCCGCCGAAUCCUAAUUUGAUUGCCUUUGCUGCUGGUGGUUCACCACAACAAAUGCGUGUACCAUCUUCUCCGGGGGUGAUUAAUCACGAUAACUAUGCCAAAAACAGAAACUCAAUGGAUGCAGUUAGUGUUACCACCAACGCAUUCAGUGGCACCACUGCGAUUGCGGGACGUCUGAGUGUUCUGGAAUUACACAAUACUGUGGACGUCAAGGAAGCAUUGAGCAUCAAAGUUGUCAUGAAAUCUGGCAAUGGUACUGAAAAAAGUAUCUACAAAACUAAGGGAACGAAGUUCCAAGAAGGAAUGUAUAAAUGGCAUGAGAGUGCAGCAUUCAGAUGUGAUAGCGCUAGUACUAUGAUUUUCAGUAUCCGUUCUCAUCAUACAUUUGGUAAGAGUGAAGAGUUUGGUCAUGGCGAGAUUCUGCUGGAGCAAGUAAUAGGGGUUAAAAAGAAUAUAGCUAUUGCCAUCAAUGGCAAGAUCAGUGGCUCAUUGGUUGUAAACUUCAACUAUGCUUAGACUGAUCUGUUUCAUUUUAGUUUUAAUUUCAUUUCCCUUUCUAAUAUUUACUUUUUCAUUUACACAUAUACAGUUAGUUAUUGUUUAAUUAGUUAAUCA